AUGGCGGCGCCCUUCUCCGGAGCAGGACUCGCGCCGGGCUGGCGGCUGGCUCUGGCAGAAACGCUCAGUCAUUGCCUGGGAACCCAGGGCGGAAGUGACGGAAAGGACGUGCCUUCCCUGAGGGCGGAAACGCUCCGUGAUUGGCUCGGAGGAACCCAGGGCGGAAGUGCCGUGCAGGGCUUGCCGGCACUAUGGGCGGAGGCUGCGGGGCCGGACCGGGCUCGGGCCGGCGAGGCGCGGUGCAGCAACGAGGGCAGAAGCAGCUCCGCGCCGCUAGGACCCCUGCGGGGUUUGUUGCCGAGCGAAGGUGGCGCACCGGCUACACCGAGGAAAGCUGCAGCUGGCGUGCUGCAGCCGCGGGUUUCCCAGGAGAAAGAGCAGCCCGACUGUCCCAGCUGUCCGGAAGACUUACUUCAGCGUCGAAUAAACCCCGUGCGAAGCGUCCCCGACUCGUGCCGGUGGGACCAUCGCGUUGUGGCUGGUAAAAUCCAGGAACAGGACGAUGCUUGGAAGAACGUAGCCUGUGGAGGAGCAGGCAACAGUCUCCUGUUAGGCAACAGGCUCGUGUGCGUCCGUUUGGCUUGUCCCGAUGGCUGGUGUAGACGAUCGCUCACGUGCCCCAAAGCUCCUUGUGCUGAUGUUGGAUGUGCCCCUCGGCAAAGGACCGCAUCCCGUGUGUUCAGCUUUUCUUCCUUACCGUGUCAUAGGAGAAAAGCUCUUUCCAGAGAGAUGGAGAAGGAAUUAAUUAUACCUCUGCCUCAUUCUGUGAGACCAGAAGACAAUGACUGACUAACUGUAAGCUGCGAUUCUCAGGAGUCGCAUGGCUGAGAGUCUCGGGUUCCUUCUCUGCCUGCCCCCCAGGGCCUUAGGCAUGAGAAAUCUUAGGCUUAAUGUUUUUCCCUAUGAAAUACUGUCGCGUUAAGGGGCAUAGCUGACUAACUGUUACGGUUCUGGUCGGAUUCAGGGUACUGAACUGUCACGGUCACGGGUUCACCUAAAUAACUUAGCACACCCUCGCUCUAGUCGCGUUCAAUGAGAACUGUCACGGCUAGGAACAAUGCACUGAACAGCAAUUUAUUACAGCAACAAGGACACAGGUUCUUUGGAUCACCGGCGGUAAAUUCACUGUCCGCGAAAGCAAGCGAGCACACGUGCUCAGCGCUCAGUGGUCGCACCUUGGAGGCACGGAGCUUUUUGGAUGGAGGUGUGUUUUGAUCUUAUGAUGAUACUAGAAUGAGCAAAAGUUCCCUAGAGUACAGUGUUUUGUUAAAAACAUGACAGGUCGUUGGCUCAGGGUAGCAAACGUGCAGCUUAUCGGUCUCAGUGUGCACAAGAGCAUCGGGUCCCCAUCUGGUCGCAGAGCCUAUCCGUGGUGUUUCCACUCCGCCUUACGCUCCGUCCUGUUCCUUAGAGUCAGCACACCACGUUCCCCUGGUGCGAUAGCAUGUGAAGUUGGAGGCCUAGGGAACGCUUAGGUAGCGCAGCUGCCCUCCACCCUGAAAGCUUCUUCAGUGCUGUACGCUUUCUUUAAAAGGUGAAUAUGAGUUUAAUUGGCCUAGUUACUUCAGGCAAUUACUCCGCAACUACCCAAAGCAGCGAUAGUGAGAAGCCCACUUCCAGCAUCCGCUCCCCACGCAGGGACGGACGGGUGGACAGACGGACGCCGCUCUUUGCCUUGCCCGCCAGGGGAAGGGGAGAACGACCGGGCAGGGAGCCCCACCGCAGCCCCCCUCCCGGGAGUCCUGCACAGCAGUUUAAUAAAGUUUGCUUUCCGGCCCGUG